AUGUCUGAUGAGGAGAUGAACAUUGACGACGUCGCGAACGCGGGUGGCCCCGUUCGUAAGCGUGGACGCGGCUUCCAAAAUUCGCGAGGCGGGAACGACGCUGGUGUCGGCUCCGAACAGGCCUUUGACCGCGUCGAGACGACGAAUGACACGCGCGCAGCUCGAUCCGUCGAGGGAUGGAUAGUGCUCGUGACCAACGUUCACGAGGAGGCGACGGAGGAGGACGUAUCGGACAAGUUUGCCGAGUAUGGCGAGAUCAAGAACCUGCACCUUAACCUCGACCGCAGGACUGGAUAUGUCAAGGGUUACGCUCUGGUCGAGUACGAAACGAUGGCCGAGGCUCAGGCUGCGAUCGACGGCGCGUCCGGCUCAGAACUGCUCGAGCAGACACUGCAAUGCGAUUACGCGUUCGUGCGCCCGCCACAGCACCAGCCCAAGCGCGACCAACGCGGUCGUGGUGGGCGCGGACGCAGUGCCAGCCCUCGGCGCCGCGAUUGA